CUCCUGCGGAGUCCCUUCCUGUGCAGAGCGCGUCGCAGUGAGCGCGGCGGGGUUCGUGCGCUCUCCGGUUACGCGCGUGAAGUUCUGGACGUCGGAGCCCACCCGGCCACUUCGAGGAGGAGGAGGAGGAGGAGGAGGAAGAAGAAGAAGAAGAAGAAAGGUCGCCGGGAAAUGAGGAAGAGAGAACCAAUGAUCAGCGACAAAGGAGUUUGUGUCGUUUAAUCGAGACCAAGCAUUCCCAACAGUAUGCGGUGCAGCCAUGGCAGGCAAGGGUAAGACAGCCGCGAGGACGCUGGAGGAUUUAACGCUUGAUUCUGGUUAUGGUGGAGCCGCGGACUCGGUCAGGUCGUCCAGCGUGUCGCUGUGCUGCUCCGACACGCAUCAGUCCCUCGCGCAUGGGGCCAACUGCUGGCAUCUGACGGAAUCCAUGCACAGCCGACAGAACAGCUUGGACACGGUCAACACCGUCCUGGCGGAGGACCCGGAGACCCUGGACUGCUCGGGUCAGUGCGCCAAGCUGACGGAGCUGGACGACGUGCCGUGGAGCCUCGGCGAGGUGGAGGGCGCACUGAGGAAGGACGAGGAGCUGAUGGCGGGCGACCCUCCGCCGGAGGUCCUGGCGCGGCUCUCCGCGCUCGUCAGCCGCGCGCUGGUGAGGGUGGCGCGGGAGGCGCAGCGGCUCAGCCUGCGCUACGCCAGGUGCACCAAGCACGAGAUCCAGAGCGCCAUCAAGGUGGUGCUCUCGUGGACCAUCUCCGUGAACUGCAUCGCGGCGGCCCUCAGCGCGCUGUCCCUCUACAACAUGAGCACCGGGGACAAGUUCAGCCGGGGCAAGUCGGCGCGCUGCGGGCUGGUGUUCUCCGUGGGGAAGUUCUUCAGGUGGAUGGUGGACAGCCGGGUGGCGCUCAGGAUCCACGAGCACGCGGCCAUAUACCUGGCGGCGUGCGUGGAGAGCCUGUUCCGAGAGGUGUUCGGCCGCGUCCUGCGCAGCGCGCUGGUGGAGAGGGACAACGGGGUGCCCAAGUUUACGCUGGAGUCCCUGGAGCAAGCCAUCAACGGAGACUCGGAGAUGUGGGGUCUGCUGCAGCCCCACCAGCACCUCGUCUGCGGGAAGAAUUCGAGUGGUGUGCUGAGCCUGCCGGAGAGUCUCAACCUGCACCGGGACCAGCAGCGCUCAGGGAGGGGGGGCGAGGGUCCGGCGUACAGCCAGGCCGAGCUCCGCACGCUGGAGCAGUCGCUGCUCGCCACCCGGGUGGGCAGCAUCGCAGAGCUGAGUGAUCUGGUGUCCCGGGCGAUGCACCACCUGCAGCCUCUGCACAUGAAGAACCCCAGCAACGGGACUCCGGUCCACCAGAAGACCAGCAGCACCGCGGUGCACUGGGAGCCCGAGGCCCUCUACACCCUCUGUUACUUCAUGCACUGCCCACAGAUGGAGUGGGAGAACCCCAACGUGGAGCCCUCCAAAGUCACCUUGCAGACCGAGAGGCCGUUCCUGGUGCUGCCGCCGCUGAUGGAGUGGAUCCGGGUGGCGGUGGCCCACACCGAGCACCGGCGGAGCUUCUCCGUGGACAGCGACGACGUGCGGCAGGCCGCCAGGCUGCUGCUGCCCGGCGUGGACUGUGAGCCCCGGCAGAUAAAAGCGGAGGACUGUUUCUGUGCCACCAGGAAGCUGGACGCCGCCUCCACGGAGGCCAAGUUCCUGCAGGAUCUGGGCUUCAGGAUGCUCAACUGCGGGCGGACGGACCUGGUGAAGCAGGCCGUGAACCUGCUGGGGCCCGACGGCAUCAACAGCAUGAGCGAACAGGGAAUGACCCCUCUGAUGUACGCCUGCGUGCGCGGUGACGAGGCCAUGGUCCAGAUGCUGCUCGACGCCGGAGCCGACAUCAACAGCGAGGUGCCAAGCACAGUAAACAAGCACCCCUCAGUUUACCCCGAAACGCGCCAUGGGACGCCUCUCACUUUCGCCGUGUUGCACGGACACGUGCCUGUCGUGCAGCUGCUGCUGGAUAACAGAGCGAAUGUGGAGGGCGCCCUGCAGGAUGGGGCGGAGAACUACACGGAGACCCCCCUCCAGCUGGCCUCGGCUGCAGGUAACUUUGAGCUGGUGAGCCUGCUCCUGGAACGAGGGGCCGACCCCAUGAUCGGGACCAUGUGUCGCAACGGCAUCUCCUCGGCCCCCCUGGGGGACAUGAACUCGUUCAGCCUGGCAGCAGCACACGGCCACAGGAACGUGUUCCGGAAGCUCCUGUCCCAGUCGGACCAGGAGAAGGCGGACGUGCUGUCCCUGGAGGAGAUCCUGGCCGAGAGCACGGACCCCGGGGAGAAGAGGUCGGCGCCGCAGGCCAACGGCGGGGGGACGCUGCGAACAGGAAAGGCCAAACUGAGGGCCCUGAGAGAGGCCAUGUACCAUAGCGCAGAGCACGGCCACGUGGACAUCACCAUAGACAUCCGCAGCUUAGGCGUCCCCUGGACGCUGCACACCUGGCUCGAGUCCCUGCGCACCUGCUUCGUCCAGCACCGCCGGCCGCUGAUCCAGGGCCUGCUCAAGGACUUCUGCUGCAUCCAGGAGGACGAGUACACGGCGGAGCUCAUCACGCACGGCCUGCCGCUCAUGUUCCAGAUCCUCCGAUCCAGCAAGAACGAGGUGAUCAGCCAGCAGCUGUCGGUCAUCUUCACGCAGUGCUACGGGCCGUUCCCCAUCCCCAAGCUCACGGAGAUCAAGAAGAAGCAGACCUCGCGCUUGGACCCCCACUUCCUCAACAACAAGGACAUGUCGGACGUUACUUUCCUGGUGGAGGGGAAGCCGUUUUAUGCACACAAAGUUCUGCUGUUCACGGCGUCGCCGAGGUUCAAGUCGCUCCUCCAGAACCGACCGGCGGCGGAGAACACCUGCAUCGAGAUAAGCCACGUCAAGUACAACAUUUUCCACCUGGUGAUGCAGUAUCUGUACUGCGGAGGCACCGAGUUGUUGCACAUACGCAACACCGAAGUCAUGGAGCUGCUGUCUGCGGCCAAGUUCUUCCAGCUCGAGGCCCUUCAGAGACACUGUGAGAUCAUCUGCUCCAAGAACAUCACCACGGACACCUGCGUGGACCUCUACAAGCACGCCAAGUUCCUCGGUGCGGCCGAGCUCACGGCCUUCAUCGAGGGCUACUUCCUGAAGAACAUGGUGCUGCUCAUCGAACUCGACGGCUUCAAGCAGCUGCUGUACGAACCCCCCCCCGCCGCCGAGAGCCCCGCCUCCAGCCCCGGCAUCUGCUCCGACAUCCUCCUCGACCUGGAGAAGACCCUGGCCACGCGCAUCCACUCCAUCCACCUGUCCACCUCCAAGGGCUCCGUGGUGUGACGCCUCCCCCCCCGGCCCCCUCCCCCCCCGCCCGAAAGGCCCAGCUUCCGUGUACCUGCGACCCCCCCUCCCUCCCCCCCGUCCACCUGUCAGGGACCCGCCGGGUGUUUUCACGUCUUUAAUUCGGCCCCCCCCGUCGUGGUGAUGAAACUUGUAGGACACGUGCAUGAAAUACAUUCUGUUUGCGCUUCAAAAUCUAGCGUAGAACUAAAAGCAGCUUCCUCAUCGUCCCCGACCUGAGACCUUAUUACGGACUUCAUGGAAGCGGACGCCACCGCGCGACCAGUAAAAGUGACCAGUAGCAAUGCCAGCAGCAGACGGACUGCGGGCGCGGACAACCAAUCCCCCCCCCCUCCCCCGCGUCGCCCCUCCCGUGUGCGCCGCGCAGAGGCCCGAAGCCGCUUCCACAGCGACCCGCGGUGACCUUUCUUUUUCUGUUCUUUAUGCAUGACGCCUCCUCGACUGGGCCGCCGUGACUGUUGCUUCUCACGCAGAGCUGACUUCACGGCAGAGGGGGGGGGGGCGGGGGCUGAAGGGAAAAACGCUGCUUCUGAACUUUCUAUCCACGUGGAGACGGAUUCCGGUUCUCCUUAAAGACGUUUAAAGCAAAAGUGUAAAUAGGUCCCUGAAGUGGUCGUGCCGGUUGUUCUUGUUUUUGUUUUUUUUGUAAACUGAUGUACAGGAUUCUCUCAUCGGUCUCAUCGAAUGUGCUGCCCUCAACACUUUGUGUGUCCCUUUUAUGCAAAAAGCUGCAUGUUGCGCCUCUUUUCUUUGGCUUUCCGCGGGCUUUUUUUGCGUGCAAUCCGGGCCAUCGGGUGGUGGGGGGGGGGGGGGCGAUCGCUCCCGUCAAAGUGCAAUCAAAGGACGCUCCCUUCAAUUAUGGAGCUAUUUCGGAAACAUUCCAAAUGAUCAGGGUAGAUAACGAGACGCGCUCUGAAGACCUCCCUUCGGCUGGAUUUCUCAAUAACAGCAAUUACGUGAAAGAACGGUUGGAUUCCCACGCGCUGUCACGGGGAGACGCGUUUAUUAGAGACGCCGCAGUGUCCUGUGACUCACGAGGGCCCAGCGCGCUUUCAUGCACAUCGUACAGAGUUUAGUGCGUUUGGUUCUUUUUUUUUUAAAUGGGUCUUUGUUGCUUUGAGGGUCAAAAAGUUUGUUGCAUUCAUCAGCCUUCGGCACAAAGAGGAGUCUGGUAAACAUCGGGGGCCCCCGAGGGUCUCUAAUAAACCCUCUGUUCGAUUCAACCUUUUUGCUCCACAUGUUGCCCCCCCCCGCGUGUGCAUGAGACGAUACUCGCACAUCUGCAGGAGGAAUCCCUCGAGUCCGCAGAACGUUUCGUGAAUGUAACAAAGCAACAGAGGGUUAAUAUUUACGCAACGUGCGAUACCUGCAAUCCAGCAACGAACCAAAAGGCCCAAAACGCUUCCCUCUGUCUCCAACGGCUUGCGAUGCAAAUGUCUCGGAAGUGUCCUCGUGCUGUGGUGAUGUCGUUUGUACGCCAACCCGCCCGCACCUUCAAAAUAAGAGCCGUUUCUUUCAAAAAUAUUGUAGCACACUCUACACUUUUCGGGGCCAUAGGAACACUUUAACCGCAACAUUCAGGCACAUAAGUUCUGUAAAGAGUUACAGAAGAUGAAAUAUAGAUAUUAUCCUACGACUUUAUUUUCUUACCUACAUAUAUAUGCUUAUAUAUUUCAUUUUACAUUCCACAACAACAAAGUGAAGCAGAUUAUUUAAAAAGAUGCAUCUUAAGUUUUGAAAUCAAGCAAUAUUUCCAUGAUUUAUGUGUUACUGAGUGACAAUAACGUGUGGCGCUACGGUAUGAAUGUGAAUCUAAAGAGACAUGAAUACUCCUGUUUCUUUCUGUUUCCGGGACAUCCCGUCUACCUACUUUUUAAUGUGCUUCACAACUUAUGCUUUAACGAUGCCGAUCAUUCAUUCAGAUUCACGUCGAGCUUUGUAUUGAAUCAUCGAUCUGAAGGUGACGUGUGACUUAAAGAUGCAAACCAGUUUGUCUCCACAGAGGACAAUGAUGUCAAGCACCUUUUUGUGCUCAAACACACACGCUUGAGUCUUAUUGUGAUCAAACAGCAGCUGAAUAGGACUUUAGAAUCAGAGCAAAUCAAAAGACUUUACCUCUGUUUCUUUUUAUUAGUUUUAAUAUGAUGUAAUUAGCCGACGAUGAGCUUCUGACUUGAAACUGGCACAAAGCCGCAGAGUAAAAGUCGGUUCGCAUGGCUCUUCUUGUUUAAUGUUGUUGAGAAUGUGCUUCGUACUCCCGCUUCGUCCAACAACACUCCCCUUAAUUCGUCUUUGCAUUUAUUUGUUUGUUCCUGGUAAUAAACGACAUUGGAAACAUGCAUGUGAUAUUCACUAGAGGAGGGGAUGGGGGGGGGUGAACUUUUGCUGUUAUUUUUCCUUUGAGAACAUGUAUAUUGUACAAAAUAUAUAUAUAUAUAUGAAAUAGAAAUUAUACAUGGAGUGAGAAGCAGCGAUGUGGUGGAGUAUAACAACAAGAGGAAUGUUACACUCGUGCUACAGUUUCUGUUGACAGGCUUUUGUGGACAGCUAAUAAACACCAGAGUUUAAACACG